GGGACACUUCAACAUCAACAACAACGAGUCAGCCACCUUGGUAGCCAACAGCCAAAACAUUUAGACUGUUUCUGUGCAUAUUUGCCUCUGUGUUUUAAAUAUACUUCUGACAUCUAGUUAAUUGACCCCAUUUAAAUGUUAUAGGUACAUUGUUAGUAAACUAGCUGGCUUGAUAUGUUAGCCUAGCACUAUACUAGUCGCUCAUGCUAACUAGCUAGCUAGCUAGCUAGCUAACAUCCCCGACCAUGAGCUCACUGAUGUAUUCCCCCCCUGCUAAAGAAGAGGAGGUCUGCUGGACGGAGAAAGAGGGUCUGUGGCUGAACAUUGUCGUGAAAGAUGAGAAGGAAGAGGAGGAUGUCACAGUAAAAAAAGAAGUAGAGGGUGAGGAUGUUACAGUGAAAGAAGAAGAGAAAUACGUUUCAGUGAAAGAAGAGGACGCGUUCAGAGUGAAAGAGGAGGAGGAUGUUACAGUAAAAGAAGAGGAGGAAGAGAAAGAGGAGGAUGCAGUUUUUGGAGUGAAGAAGGAGAAAGAGGGAGAGAGAACGGUCAUAUUGACAAAGGAGUCAGGAGAUCUAAUUACCACCACCAGAGAGAGACCAGACUUUCACUCUGACAGCAGAAAGAGUCCUUCAGAGGAACCAGACACAGAGACUCCCAAACCAGCAAGACGACACCAAUGCUCCUACUGUGGAAAUAGUUUUACCCGAUUACUACACCUGAAAGCACAUGAGAGAAUACAUACAGGAGAAAAGCCCUUCCACUGUUCCCAGUGUGAAAAGAGUUUUAGGUGGUUAACGAGUGUGAAAAAGCAUGAGAGGGGACACACACAAGAAAAGCUCUACCAAUGCUCCCUGUGUGGAAAGAGUUUUACCAAGUUAGGGGGCCUGACUAGGCAUGACAGGACACACACAGGAGGGGAUAAGACCUACCACUGCUCCCAGUGUGGAAAGAGAUUUAACCGGUUAAGGCAUCUGAAUAAGCAUGAAAUAAUACAUACACAGGAGGAGAAGACAUACCACUGCUCUCAUUGUGGAAAGACAUUUUCCCAGUCAGAGGACCUGAAGGCACAUGAGAGAAUAGAGAGACUGUGUUCUGACUUGUGUUUUUGACUGAGAAUUCGUGUUUUAGUUUGUCACAUUAAAUCAUAUUGUUUAAAUGAAAUCAGACAUGAAAAUCUGACCAAAACAACAGGCCGGUUUUUGUUGUUUUUUUCAUCUUGAUCAUGUCUAAAAUCAAUUAAAUAUUUUAACAUGUG